AUGCCUUUUCUUUUAAGCACGACUACAUGGCUUCUCAUAGCUAGCAUCAUUUUCCUAUCGAUUACAAUUACCAAGGGUUUAUGGAAUCCUCUUUCGCGCGUUCCUGGCCCCUGGUAUUCGCGUUGGACGUCGGCGGUUCUAACCUACCACUGGCUUUAUGGAAACCAAUCCGCUUACAUUCACAUGCUUCACGAAAGAUAUGGCAAAGUUGUGCGCAUUAGUCCUCGCGAAGUUGACAUUGCCUCCGUCUCUGGGGCCAAACAGAUACACUCUUUCAAGGACCCUUUUCUGAAAUCAGAGUUGUAUGAGCGGCUGAAAGGUGGGAACGGGUCCCACAACGUUUUCAGUACUCGAGAUGUUGAUUUUCAUUCCCGGAAUCGACGCCUUCUAUCUGCACCGCUCUCAGAAUCCAACUUGAAGGAUGUAGAACAUGUCGCGAAAGCACGAGCUGAUCUAGCUGUCGAAAAGAUUGGUCUGGAGAUGCAGAAGCGUGGUGCAGCAGACGUGUUAAAGUGGUGGACAUUUUUCACAACUGAUGUCAUUGGAGAAUUAACCUUCGGUGACAGUUUCCGUAUGCUGGAACAAAGCAAGGAAAACCAAUACACGCAAGAUCUUCGUGCGAAUGCUACCUUCGACAGCGUUCGCUUAGCCUUCCCCUCCAUCGUAAAGUUGGCUUCGUACGUCCCGCUACCAUUCUUCUCUCAAGCUCACAAAGCAACACAGCGCAUGGUAUCUUACGCUGAAGAAUCUAUUCAUCGCUACAAGACUACCAUGGAAGCCGAACCACAGAAUCCGAAACCUACCUUGUUUACAAAGCUUGUCAAGGCAGUCGGAGAGAGCAUGCCCGAAGCUGAAAUGAUAUCAAACGCGCAAGCUUACAUAACAGCUGGAAGCGAGACGACUUCAGUUACUAUGACCUAUCUCACAUGGUCCGUUUGUCGAGAUGAUUCGAUUAAGGCAAGACUUCUUGGGGAAAUUAAAUCUUUGCCCGUUGACUACAAUGACCAAGAACUGAAGGCGUUGCCGUACCUGUCUCAAGUCAUCCAGGAGACUUUGAGAGUCUUUGGUUCCGCGCCGGCCCCUUUACCAAGAGACAUUCCAAAGGGCGGAGCUCACGUUGAUGGGUAUUGGAUGCCUGGCGGUACUGUUGUGCAGACCCAGUCGUACAGUAUGCAUAGAGAUGCAAGCAUAUACCCCAAUCCCGAGACAUUCGAUCCUUCGAGAUGGGAGUCACCUACAAAAGAGAUGAAAGACGCCUGGAUGCCAUUUGGUGCUGGUGCUCGAGUCUGUAUUGGACUGAAUCUGGCGCAAAUGGAGCUUCGUGCGGCUACUUGUUCACCUAAAAGUGACUACUACGUGGAAGCAAACCACCCCUUCCCCUCAAAGAAGAACGUCUUCGCUAAGGAUUUCACGACACCAGCAAAGGCCAGCGACACGCAGAAAAGCCUGAUAUUCGAACUGCUUCCAUCCAAUUUCCCAAAUCAUCGCCGCGCUUCAACCAACAUGCUUAUCUUGAUCGCUGGGAUCACCGGCCUUGUCGGUCUCCCUUGUGCAAAGGCUGCGAUUGCUCGGGGACACAAGGUCAGAGGUCUAGCUCGCAGUGCUAGGAAGCUUCCGAAGGAAGUACACGAUCAGCUCGAAGGCUUUGAGCCCAUGGUUGGCCUGCACGAUAUUGCUGCAAUGGAUAAGGCCGUUGCGGGCGUCGAUGCCAUCAUUUGCGCUUUGGCCGGUUUACCCGAAAUGUUCUUAGAAACGCAACUGUUGCUUUUGCGAGCAGCUGAGCGUGCCGGUGUUAAGAUUUUCCAUGCCAGCUCCUGGAACUACGAUUGGAACCUCUCACCUGGAAGUCAUGAAAUCUACGACAUAAUUAAAGCUUUCGCUCACCAGGCCGAAUUGACCUCGACGAUCAAGCCUAUUUACAUGUUUACCGGCGCGAUCGUGGAGUGGUAUUUCAGGAAUAGCCCUCGCGAUUGGGACCCAAAAUCGAAGACGUUCAAUUUUUACGGGCCGUCGACGUUUCAAACGCGCUACACUACGGCUGAUAACAUUGCCGACUACACGCUCGAGGCAAUCACCGCUCCGGAUGCGGCCAAAGGAGGGUUCGUUUGCGUCCAGAGCUUUCAGGCCUCGCCGGAAGACAUUGCCAGUGCGUACAAAGCGGCAACGGGUGGCCGUGGGCAUGUCACUCUCAACUGUUUAGGAACGAUUGAGGAUGCAAAGGCAAAAUUGGACGAUGCGAGAGCCAAGUACGAGAAGAAAGAGUGGUACGAGUAUAUAUGGUAUUGUUAUCAGGUCCAUAUUCCGAGUCGGUCCUGGGAUUUUGAGCCAGUGGAUGUUGCUCGAUUUCCUAAUGUCAAGCAAACCAGCUUGGAAGAUUUCUUCCGCCAGAACCCAGAUGUUUAA